AUGACGGCAAUUGCCGUCAUCGGCCCCGUGACGCGCCUGCGGCGCGUCACAACUGUGCCGACCUCUCACAAUUCUUUUACACGGCAAAAUUCCGUAUUCGGGAACGAGCGUACCGGCGUCAUCAGGAGCAACGCAGUUGCCCUCGACGUUGCCGUGUCCAUUUCCCGCGCCAUGUUCCACAUCAGUGCCGAGGUCCUUUGGCACCAGAGAGCGAUGCGGAGCUGGUCGCAGCAGCCCCAAGGCCUCAUGUUUGACGCAAGGCCGGACCUGCGCUCGACCGAAGGCCACACCUGCGCCCGACCGCAGGGCCACUCCUGCGCUCGACCGCGAGGCUGCUCCUGCGCCUCAAACCAGCUACACAUCUUCCGCUUCCCAGCUCGCUCCUGCGACUCGGGCGCCGACACUGAUCCCCGCUUCUACCUCGACCGCCCCGCGCCCGUCUACCACCACGACCUGGAAGCUCUCAUAUGGAUCUUCGUCUGGGUGAUGUGCUGCUACGACGGCGGGCUCGCAGUGGACUGCCACGACGGCCAACCGCGACUCAAUCCCCUACCCCAGCCGUUCGCGGAGUGGAUGUUGAGGGGCGACUCGCACGAGUUCGUGGUCAGCGCUGACUCGCACAAGCUCCUGGCCAGCGCUAGGAGAUGCCUCGAGAGCAAAGAGUCCUUCCUCUCCACGGUCACGAUGUGGAAUGGCCGCGAGCCAGCCACGGUGUGGGGAGCACCGGCACCGACGUGGGGAGCGCCGAUACCGACGUGGGGAGCGCCAUUACCAAUUCGCGACCUGCUCUUCGCGAUGCCUGCCAAACCGUCCACGAUCUGGACGGCAGCGAGUGCGAUGUGGGAGAUCGCGGGUCCUACUAGGACGAUGCCUGCGGAUGAGUUGGAUGUGGCGGUAACGCCAUAUGCGCUCGCUUUGUGCAUGCUGUCGUACACAACAGGGCGCAUCGGAGAGCGAAGCCUCGCCUUCGCGCGCUCGAGGUCGCAGGGGUGCAUGGAAGACCGUUGGCCGCGCAUGGAGCGGGACGACUGCAGCGAGAAGAACGCGGAGGGCGAUCUGAGGAGUCACUACGUCAAGAAUGCCUCGGGGAUGGCGCGCAAGGACGAUGCGCUGGGCAAAACCUCUGCUGACGACCCCGGGAAGGUUUGGAUUGACUUCGAGGAUAAGAUCAGCAAGUGUGUAAUGGUACAGGACGAUAGCUUUCGCAGCGUCCUGAACGACUGGGAUCUCGCGGGCGACCCCUCGGACACUGCCCGCACGACACCCUUGAUGCCGUGCGGCACGCCCCCGUUCAUGGCAGUGGACAUGCUCGAGGAGGACGCACUCAAGGGCAAAGUCCAACGCCUCUACCGCCACGACCUCGAAUCGCUCUUCUAUGUCCUCACCUGGGCUGCGUGCUGCUACAAGGACGGCCGACGCCUCGAUCCCUUGCCAAGGAUGUUCGAGAAGUGGGCCCUGGGCAGCCUCUCCAUCCGUCCUCAAGACUUCAUGGCGCGUUUGCUGGCCUACGAGGACCCGCAUCCCCUGCAGACGUGCCGCGACAGCAAGUUCUCUUUCAUCGCCGGCGGGCGUCAAUGGCGUGAAGACAUCCCGUGGCGCGAGCUGGGGUACAUCGCAGAGGGGUUGCGUUUUUUCUUCAUGGGGGAGGAGACUGCGCGGUGGGCUGUCUGGGAUCGGCCGGCGGGGAGGGCCAUUCAGAUGGCGGAGUUUAUGGCUCUUAUUGAGGGGCGGGAGCCGCCGCCGCGCCCGCAGGAGGCGGACGAGCCUGAGAAGAUGUGGGAGGGGUUUUGCGCGGCUGUGAGGGAGGUUAUUGAGGAUAUCAUGAUUAUGUGCAAGCUCCUUCACUGCGCUGGGAGGCAUGAAUAUUCGCUCUGGGAUGGUCUGCAGGCUGCGAGAGACCGCCAUCCCCGCCUACGACCGGUCGCCAUCCCGCCCAUGGACGUGUCUUCUCAAAUAACGGCUGGUGCGGUACUGAACGACUGGGACUUCGCCCCGCCCUUCGCUUCCCGCGCAUCGGGCCCCGCUGCCGACCCGCGCCUCCCUCCGCCCGCCACCGACCCGCGCCUACCCUCGCUCCCCUCACCGCCCAGCAUCACUUUCGCCGCCAUCGACGUCCUCCAGUACGCGUUCACCGGCGAAGCCGAGCGUCCGUACCGGCACGAAGUCGAGCAUCUGUACCGGCACGACCUCGAAGCCUUCAUCUGGGUCUUCACCUGGGUCGCGUGCUGCGUCGAGGAUGGUCGGCAGCUCGAUCCCUUGCCCGAGCGAUUCCAGGACUGGGUAUCGGGGAUCGUGAAACGGAUGCAGGGCCUACCCCGACAUGGGCGGCAGAAGGCAGGCUCACGGAUGCCCUGCGACUCUAUUUGAUAGGGGUACAAGACAGACAGAUCAAAUUAGAGCUCGAUCUGAUGGACGCUGCUGCUCCGGAGGAGGAAGAUGUACCAGGAGGACUUGAAGAUGUACCAGAGGAGGACUGGAAGGAGUUUCGGCAGUUUCUUCGGAAGGCGGGCGAGAAGCAUCCCGCUCUUGGUCAUCUUGUCGCUUUGGCUGCUGAUUAGCGGUACGUCAAGUUCAGGUUCACGUACUACACUGUGUAGAGAAAUGUUGCAUUGUCGUCCAUGGACGCGUUGUUCUUUGUCUUGCCUUCCAUGAUUUCUUGACCGCGGGGAUAUGUCGUGGACGACGCUUAUGUAUCGAUGCGCACGAGUACGUACUGUUAACAUCUUGCAAUGAAUUCAUUGUGCGUUACACUAGAUCCCAACAAGCG